AUUAAAAAAAGUUGUUAAAGCAAAUCAUUAACGAUUAAAUAAAUCAAAUAAUAAAACAAGUAAAAAAAAUGUCUGCACGCAUGCGCAACACGUUACAUAGUGACUUUGGCUUCAAGUUAACAUUAUUGCCGCCAGUUUGGCUGUUGCUGUGUGUACAGCUCGCUGUGCAAUUGGCUAAUGCAGUAGCUGCCAAAGAUUUGCCAACUAAUUUUGACAAAUGCAAACGAGAUGAUAAUUUUGAUAAAUGUCUUGUCGAAGCUGUGAAUAACGCGAUUUUACUGUUAAAAGAUGGAAAUAAGGAGUUCGGCAUACCACCUUUAGAGCCACUCGCCAUUAAAUCGUUGGUCAUCGAUUCGGGCAAUGCACCUAUUACACUAAAGCAGACGCUAAAAAAUUUGCUCGUUCACGAUAUGAUAUCCACAAGCAAAGUCCAACGCUAUCGCACUGAUCUGAAUAACCACCUUAUUAUCUGUGACAGUAAAACUGAUCGCAUCGAAAUGGUGGGCGAUUAUGAAAUGUCUGGUCGGAUCCUAUUGCUGCCAAUAACUGGCAAUGGCAAAGCGAAUCUCACGUUGAUCAAUACACGCAUUGAACAUCGACUGAUCGGCGAGCCCUUUAUGCGUGACGGUGUCAAAUAUAUGCGGCUGAAGGAGUAUCGCGUCGAUUUGAACCCCAAACGUGUUUAUAUGCAGUUCGACAAUCUCUUCAAUGAUCGUUUGUUGUCACAAACAAUGAAUCGCUUCUUGAACGAUAACUGGGACACAGUAUUCAAUGAAUUGAAGAUUGGUUAUUCUCGUAGUUUUGGUAAAAUUUUCCGCGACAUUUCAAAUAAACUCUUUGAAGAGAUACCAUUCGAUUCGAUAUUUUUGAGUCCAUAAAUUAAAAUUUGAGAGAGCUUUUGUUUGAAAGAGUGGUUUGAGUAUUUUAUAGUAUUUAAGAUGGCUGAUUUAGAGAGAUUAUUUUAAGGAGCUGCGUGUGUAAGUGAAGUAUUUUCUGAAUUUAUAAUUUACAUACAUAUAUACGAGUAUAUAUGCAUAUAGUUUAAUAUAAGCGAUCAUAUUAAUUA